AUGAAGAUUGCCUUGCUACAACGGGGUAGGGAGCUGAAGAACACACCGUUCUCUAUUAAUGAGCAAUUUCCCCAUGAAAUAGUGGAGACGGCGUGCCCUAACCCACUUUCAAAAUGCUCAGAGCAGAUAAGCAGAAUGUUCAUCUAGUGGUAGAUAAAUUGUAUGUAAACAACCAAUUGUUGAAGGAUUCAAAGUUAACAAUGUGGCUGUGAGUGAUAUAUCAUGAUACACAUUGCUCCGCAUUACACAUUACAAUCCUAUAUUAUAAUAAUUAUUAUUAUUAUUAUUAUUUAUAUUAUUAUUAUGUUAUUUUUUAUGCAUGAUGGACUCAUCCUUUUUUACUCAUGCGAUACAGAACCUUGGACUAUGUGGACUUAAAAUUAGGUUGCAUUUAUGGGAAGUCGAAAAUGGUUAAGGCUGAAUUUUGUAUUUAUUUAUUUUAUUUUGAAGACUGCAUAGGCGUUAAAAUGUAAAAAUCUAUGUUGGGUUUUGAGUUUUAUCUGAUACAAGCUAAUUGUAGAGAUUGGGCUAUAUUAUGACUUGAAUACUGUUCUGGUGCAUGUGAUUUGGAACUAAUAGAAUUUAAGAGAAAUAAAUAUUGACAGAUCUAAUGUGGACUAUGGUAGGAUAAAUGAUUUAUAACCUGUUUAGGUUCUCUACUGGAAUAGGCCUAGACAAUCCUAUAAAAAUUGGUGUCAAUAUCUUUUUAACACCAUUUAAACAAAAAAUCUCAAUCUCAAAAAUGCAAAAGACAUAUUAUUGUUCUGAUACACACUGGCAAUUUGGGUAGGGUGUUGUCAACAUGUUCUGUUGACUCUGCUAGCGUGCGGCUGGCAGGUUAACGCUGAGUUAAACCGAUUAUAGCCUAAAUUCAUCAGUAUAAAAUCAGUAGUAUAUAUAUAUGACUAGAGUCUAAACUAUGCUACCAAAAAACAUACAUAGAAAUACAAUUCAUGACAUCAUCCAUACAAAUGCAAUAAUACAUGACCCUUUCUAAGUUACAUGGAUAUUAUAAUAUAUUCGAAUGAAUAUAUCAAAAUAAAAAUAACGUCAGUCUUCUUCAUCCAUGUUCAUUCAGAGGAACCCCAAGCUUUUCUCUUUUCACUUGGGGCACUAUCUGAUCGACUGAGAUAGUCUUGUUUCCACAUCUUCAAUCCUGUAAACCUUAAAAUCCACGUUAUCCAUUUCCAACUUAACAUUCCCUAUUCCUCAAUCAACAUUAUCAAUGGACUCUAAACUGGAAUAAGAUUAUAUAUAUUAAGAAUUAGUCCUCUUAAUGCCUUCCUGCAUGUCUCUAAUAUUUCCCAUAGCUUUAUUUAAAUUCCCCAAGACCUUCCUAAUCUUGAUGGCCAGCAUGUACAACAUGCAUCCCCUAUAUAAUCACAUACAUUCCCCCUCUAUCUACUAUAAUAGCAUCCAAUGCUAUGCGAUUAUCAAUUGCAUAGUCUAAUGAGUAACCUUUCACCCAAUUGCUUGAAAACCGAUGACUGUUAAUGAGUACAAUGUUGAACUCUAUUCAACCCUUACUCUGUUCUGAUAAUAUGCCUGAGGAGAGAUACACAGUAUUCACUCUGUUUUCACUCCCUGUUAAAUCAGUACAUCCUUGAACUAGUUAGGAUUGAAAAAUUCAACCACAAUCAGAUCAGAUGAAAAUAGCAUAAAUAUUCCUAUGUCUCAAAUACCAAAACCCCAUGAUAGGAACCAAUUAAGUACUUGCCUAGCAACAUAGAUAUGUACCACUCUAAACAUCCAUAUCAAUACCUCCCAAUACUUCAAAUGUAAAUAGUGACUCAUAUGUUAAUACGUUAAUCCAAUUAAUCAACAUAUUCAUGAUUUCAGUCACAAUCCUCACAUUAAUUUACAUGUUUCAAACAUUAUGAUUCAACAAUGUCUACUCCAAAUAAAUCAUAUAAGUGUAUCCUAAGACAUUACCAUAAUGUAUCGCUGUUUUAACCUAAUACCUAUAUAAGACAGUUCUAAAUUGUACAAGUAAUAUCCUUCAUUUUGAAAAUAUUUAUACUAAUAAAUACUAAUGAUUUACUUAAAUCACUCAUUCAUCUUAUAAAUGAUAACCCAAAACCAAAUUACUUAUCACAACAAAAUUUUGAAUGACAAUUGUUAUUGAUUCACUUGGGCCUUAUCAAUCAAAAUUAAAACCCUCAACUUUAUCACUCAUUACAACAAUCAGAAUGUACACUUAUAUUAACAUACAGUAUAAACAUCCAUAAUUCUAUUAUGACUUUCCUCAUCCUGAUAAUAAAUACAGAUCAUUAUCUCAAUGCAUUCUUAAUACUAUUAAUUUAACAGUGUAUAUACCUACUACCCCAAUUAGCAAAUUUAGAUAAAUCCAAUUUUAUUAUCCACCCAGCUAAGCAACCCCUUUUUUCUCCCGGCACUUAAAUCUUCUGGCGUCUCUCCAUUAUGUUCUUCAGACAUCUUCACAUUUCAAAAUGACUGGCCCAUGACAAUGUCCCAACUACAAUGUCUCAUACGAGUCACCACUAACUCUACACCCCAUUGUUUCUUAUCCAUUUGCCAACCAUUGCACCCACAACAUUAGAAAUGUUGCAUUUGAACGUAUCUUUCUCCAUUCGCACUCAAUGGUGGACUCCUGUCCCACUCCCUCGAGAUAAAAAAAAUCAUUCGAUAGCUUCGAUUGGCUGAUGUAGACCAGUUGCAGGUAGAAGUGGUACUUUACAGAAACGUCUUCAACGCCUCUUAUAUUCAUCUUCAGCCGGUUCAUAGGUUGUUUCUUUUAUUUAGGUUCACACCAUUCUAGGCCAAAUUAUCCCUGCUAUGCAUCAAGACACCAUCUGUAUUUACCUCACUAGAAGACAAAACAUAACAGUUUAAUUGAUUUCAUUUCGAAUCCAAGAAAUCCAUAUAAGUAUUGACUAUAUGACAAAUGAUUACGUUUUACCAAUUAUUCUUAAUACCAAUUUCUAAUAUACUCCCAAAUGUCUAUUAACAUCGCUCUGUGUAGUGUGUCCUUCUUGCAUCUUACCACUAGGGAAGUUGAGAGUACCUGCUGCAAAAACACACAGACACAAACACAAAAACAAUGCAUUGUUUGUUAAACCAAAAUAAAAAAUGACAUCAAAAUGACAACUUUUUAUAAUACCUUAACUUAAUUGUAUCCCCUAAAGUAAUUAAAGACUAGUAAAAUUGAGUAGCGACAGGUAUCCCUCAUUCAGGGAUAGCGCUCUCACUCUUUUCUUUUCAUGGUCUGAAUCAUAUAUAUAUUUGGGAUUAUUGCCAAUUUAUAAAACUUCUUCAUAAUUAUCAGUAUUAUAAAUUACCCUCAACUCGGUAAAAUAAACUACCUUAAAUUCGUCAUCCCAUGCCUCUAGGAUUUCCAGUGUGGGUGAUAAAUUCACACUAAAAAGUCAGAACAGAGUUCAGAGGUCAUUGAAAUCCUUCAACGAAGUGUUCCAUUCUAGAGUAGACAAAUCAUUACCAACAGUCAAAAUAUUUCAUAAAUGUUACUUAUCCAAAGUGUACAUUAAGUCCUCAUGACAUUUCUUCUCAAAAUAAAUCACGUAUUUACUCAAAACGUACUCAGAAAUGAAAGAAAACUUCAUAAAAACAUAUGGAGCACACAUAAAGCUCCAUAUGUGUGCUACUUUAAGACAUAUCACCUUUGACCUGUUAAAAAAAACCUUAAAAUCAAAAACAACCUUAUAUAAACAUCAUACUAGGUGGGUUGUGUGUGGUUAUUUGAAAAACCCAAUUGAAAACAACAAACAAAAAUAGCCAGGCCUUAUUUAAUUUGGUAGCUCCCUUUUACGACCUAAUACUGCCUAAAUGUACUAACUUCUCCCCCUAGCCCUGGGCAAAAUUCCAAUGAGAGAUAAGGAAAUCCCCUUUCUCCUGGAAGAGAAAUUAUUCAUUUCGUUAACAUUCAAUUAGAAUCAGUAACCCAAAGAUAUGAAUUACACACAAAACAUGAUACAGAUAUACACUUUCCUGUCUCAUCAAUAAUCGUUUGUAUCAAUCUAAUUCCUCAUAACUACUCCAUAAGAAGAUGAUAUAAAUCUGUCAAAAGAUGAAAACCACUCAAAGUUCUUUGAGUUCACAAUGAGAAUUUUUUAUGGAGUACCCUUCAGACUUCAUCCUCUGUAAUUCUCACAAUGAUUAUCAAAAGGCUAAAUCUGCUCCAUGUGAUCCCAUAUCAAAUUAUCCUAGUAUCGUUACUUGAUCAAUAAUAUAGGAUAUAUCUGUUUCCCCUUAUAUUGAUCCUGUCACCCCUCUAAAUGUCAUAUUUCAUUCAUUUGCCAAUACAAUCACUUACUCCGCGUAAGUAAGCCGUGAAAUUUUAUCCCAGGCAUCUAUUAAAAAAUAUUGUUUGAGGCGUUGUCUCCUACUUUUCCUUAACCUAUACUUAUAGGGGACUUCCAACAAUCCUGGAAAAAAAAACUCCCACUCAGAACACAUCAGAUAAUACCACGUUUCAUUAAGUUCACUACACCUUCUAAUAUAAACCUAGAACCCCUGUUUGGUAAUGUAAUCAUCUCCACUCGUUGCAUUGAUGUUUUAAAAUAUAAACAUAUUGUUUAAUAACCCCAGAACCUACAAAAAAAUGUUUACUUCUUCAUCAGCCUAAUAGUAAAAACUAUCUCCCAUUGUUCAACGUUCCAUAAACAGAUUAUCGUUUUUAAAAUUAAUGAACUGUCUGCAUAACUCACUGUUGUCUUAAACAAUCUAUGGAAUUUUAUAAUAAUAAUUAACAAUUAUCAAAGAACGUUCCAUAAUCAACUAUCUAGAUAUGUGCUCCACAUUACAACUGCGUCCUUUAUAUCCCAACAUAGCACAACGAUCACUACUCUUUUUCACCCUCAUACUAAAUCAUGUCAUUAGUAAAUUGUAUCCACAAACCACUACUACCUAAUAACAUAUUUUCAUUAACCUUACUAGAAAUAAUUAUUUUAAUACCAGUCUAUUAAACAAUCCAAUUCAACAUUUCACAUCUCCCAAUUAACCUACUUAUUCUUCUUUAAACAAUCCAAUUCAACAUAUUUCUCAUCACCCAAUUUACUUACUUACUUUGUAACACAGAAAACCCUCUACAAUAUCUAUCAUUCUCUACCGCUGACUUUCCAUCUAACGGUACUUCAACAGAUUACAAAUUAUUGUGAAGUUAUGGUCAAAACUAACAAAACAUCUAUUCACAGAGAUGCAACUUUAAUUACUAUGUUAUACUGUCCGCUAUGGGUUGGUAAGACAAUCUCUUUCGUAUAAUUGAAUCACUUCACCUAGUGAUCUAGGUCAAUAGCAUCAAUGUAAAAGUUUUGCUUUCCUUCCCAACAUGGUCUUGAACCAGGGACCCUCUACACACAUCGACAACAUUCACCCUCUAAACACCGUUACCCGUCGCUCCACGAAAUCCGCAGUCCUUAAAAAGCAAGGUAAACAACUACUUUCAUGUCGCAGAGCAAGUUACGUCACCACUCUAAACGCCACUAGUUCGCACCACUAACUAGCUAGCCCGUUCACACCGGUAACAUUCAACACACUUUGACUUCAUUCCCCUUUGACUUCAUUCAUCCUUGUACACCAAACGUAACCCAUAAUGACACGUACAGCUCUCUCACGUUUCAGCGAGCCCCAUUCGCUAACACCCGCAGACAAAAACAUGGAAACCCAUUCUUACUAGUAGACCAAAUACAACCCAUGCUCAAACAGCGUUCUGCAUUUACCUCUAUCGUAGGGUUUAAAAACUAACUUAACAACAUUAACAAUCAUAAAUUGCUGUCGUAGCUUCAUGUUUGGUUCAGUUUAUCUAUUACGAUAUUGUGUCAGUAAUAUUUCUGUAGUUACCGUAACCCAAAAUGUGCUAUAUUCCUCAGUCAAUGUUAUCUUUCAUACUCUGCUUCCUUCCAACACUGCUUCAUUAUCCCUGGUGUUUGUUUAAUAUUCAUUUUAUUUUCUGAGUUCUCUUGCUUCACUUCCCAUGAAGAUAAGACAUUCGCUUCUCUGUGCUUCAUCACUAUACCCUAUUUUCAACUAAUAUCAUAGCCACAGCUCUUCUGAAACCAUCAAUCCGCCAUUAUUGGAAUACAGCAGAUCUAGGUAACUGUCCUUCCUAAGUAGGCUACAAGUAAUACCAAACACUUGCUGUAUUUGACCAGCAUAUAUUGAAUUUAUAUCCAUAGUAUCAAUAUCCAAUUUAUGGAUUGACAUUAUGCCACCAUUCUCAAUCGUUUAAUUUAGCAAACCCUUAGGCAACACAAAAAAAUGAAUACCAGGAAAUCGUCUCACUAUUCCUGUUAAAUAAGUGCGUCCUUCCAUUUAACCCAAUCACACUACAAACCUUCCAUUCUUCCUCACCAAACCAAAUACUUUGUAUUAUCUGUCUAAGCAACACUUACCAACAGUUGAAUUACACUCAGAAACCCAGAUUUGUUUACUCCAUGCCAUUGCAAUGACAAAUAAAUCCCACAAAAUAGCCCAAUUACACUGGUUUAUCAUCUUACCCUCUGAUACCAAAAUGAAGUUCCUUCACCACCUUAGUUCCGCAGUGUUAAUUAGUUUAAUGGAAACCCUAAAUUGGCUUUGUACUUUAUUAUAAAUUACGUCUAUAACCACAUUACUUAUGGGCAUUUAAUUCCUUAAACCUUAUCUCUAUCACGAUCUAACAACGGUACAACUUAGAAAACCCGUAUUUAUUACUUCCCCACCCAUGACGUACGUCUACGUUUGGGUGAGCAAGUUAAUACAUACAUAACGUUAGAAACUUCUAAGUACUCACAUCCAAGAAUCCCUUCGUGUUUUUUUAACCAAUUCUCAAUCGACACAAAUCCACCUCUAAUCAUACUCCCAGCGGACCAAAAAAAAAAGACUAUAAUUUCCAGGACUCUUCCCUGUCUGUCUCAGAAAAUACACUUUUCCACUACUCUCUAAAAUAACCUCACAAUAUUCAUACCACUCCUUGAUAUUCUAUGACUUAAUUCUGUUAUAUUUUGUAACUUCUUAUCCAAACUUAUAUCAAAUUAUCAUGUCCAUUUCUAUAAUUUAUUAUGCACCCCUCAGAUUCAAAUUACUUUCUGCUCUUUGUUCAUAAGAUAACCCAUGUUGUCCCAUUCAAUUACUUAACUUUGUUAGCUGACUUUUUCUCCUUAUUACUUAUAUUUCCUUGCCAUCGUGCGCUCAUUAAAUCGCAUGCUUUAUAUGCCUCUUUCAUAUAAUGUAAAUCCCAUUUCGUGUUGCUUACGACGAUAUUGUCAAUGACAUAAUGACACUGCAACUUAUCCCUUUAAAAAAAAAAACCUUACUCAUUAUCUGUCCAUGCUGAUAAAUCACGAAGAUAUGGUCCCACAUAGAAAAAUCCUAAUUUACUUAACAUCUAUUACUUUACAAGAGACUUAUUCUAAAUGCAAAUUUGCCCGUAAUAUUUUCAUCAUUUGCUGUCUCUCUCUUCGAGUUAAAUGAAGCUCUGCUUUACUCUUAAUGUUGACUGUUUUCCCAGAUACUGGUCUACCAAGCUGGACAUUCAUUACUGCUAUUAGUGCAAUAUUAGUAAUGAAAUACUUAAAUCAAAUCCCCAUUCUGUAUUAAAAUGUUUGCCUAUUUUGACUUUUUGGGACUAUGAUUCAAUACGUUACAUUGCAUUGGCUCCCUCUCCUGGCCGUUUUGAGUAAUUCACCAAAAUACUAAUUCUCUCUUCACCACAGUACUCUACCUCUCAGAGGAUUGAACCUCCUUAAUUUGUACACAUCAAAGGGCCUCAAACCCACUCAUUUAUAAUGCUUUUAACCAUUAUGACUUGAACAUCACAAUAAAGGACUCUAACCUUUAUUUCUAAGCUGUUGAGGACUUGAACCUCACAACCUUUCACCUUUUUAGUAUCGUCUUUCUACUAAGGACUGUAACCUUCAACCAAGGAUUUUAACCUUCAACCGUAGGCCUCAAACCUACACCAAAAUACCAUAUUGGGCCUUUAUAACCUUCUACCAAGGACUUGAACCUAUGAACAAUGUUUAUUCUAUUUUAUAAUGUCGUACAAUCCAUAAUCUCGUCAUGUUGAGGACUCAAACCUUUGACCUAUUUUAUAAUGUCUAAACAUUAAAAGACCCUACGCCCAAUAUUGUUACACCCAUUCUCCUUCUUCUCUGUUUUUUUUAGUCAUUACUCUGACCAAACCCUUCUUAGACUCAUAGCACCAUGUUAUUGUCUAAUUUGAUAAUUCUCCUUACAUCCCUUCUAUACAACUCAACACCACUCAUCGUCCCCCUUUAAAAAUAUUGAAUUUUAAAAGUUUGUUACAGCUCAGCUCCACCGCAGAAUUUGACAUAAUAAAAAAAAUGAAAGUCUGUUUACCUGUUAGUUCGGCUGUAAACUGCAUCCUGUUCGUUUCGAUGCCAAUCUGUUAUGAUGAGUUUCUAUGGUAUCAAGAAAUUCAUGAUGUAAGAAGAUAUUUAACACUUAGCUGGGGAGUUCAUAUAAAUAUUUAAUAGGUACCAUGGUUAGCAUAACAAACAGACAGUGCUCUGCCUCUAGCUAUUCCGAACUUCUAGACAAAGAGACCCUCUCACUUAUAUACCCUCUGUUACACGUUUCUUCCACCACAUCUGUUAACCAUUAUUUGGCACUCCCUUCUUUCAUGGUAUUACCCCAAGUCAGUAUAUCAUAUCUAUCAAUCAUUCUGAGAUAAACCACCAGUAAGCUCCCUUGACAUAAUGGACUCCUUGGUAUUCAGACUGUACGGCACCAAGUCACUUAUCUACUAACUUUAACCUGGUUCACACAACACUAUGAAAUGACAUCAUAACAAACAUGAUCUAUAUAUGCUACCCUUAUAAUUUGUCCCCAAUGCUAUAGGCCUAUGUGUAAAACAGCCGAAGUGAAAGAGCAACUAUAAAUGUGUGUGUGUGGAGAGAAGGUUGGUUUACAGGUUUACUCACUCUAGAUUGUUAGAACUGCAUGUGCUUUAUUGCUAUCUUGCCAUGGCUGUGUCGGGGUCGAUUAUAAAUUAAACUUCAUGGGUAGUGUGAUGCAUAAGACAAAUCUUUUCUGUCAGUCAUUAGUGGCUGUUAAAUUGUAUCUUCCUUCUUCUUUCUUCCUUUUUGCGGAAAUAUAACAGGACAUAAUAAUAACUACAUGAAAUAUCUCUCUCUGCUGAUAGGAAUAUAACAGGCUGCUGAUAGGCACAAGUAAAGCCUUUAAUUGCGGGAACACUCCAGGGCUGGAUGGCAUUCCAGUUGAGGUAUACCAAACCUUUUUGAUGUAUUCAGAGGACCGUUAUUAGCAUGUUUUAACCACUCCUAUACAAAUGUUAGAUUAUCAGAUACUCAACAAGAAGGUCUGAUUUCAUUAUUACUGAAAAAGGAAACAAGUCGUACAUAUAAAGAUCCAGUCCGUAAAAAACAGAUUAGUGUUGUGAUGCAAAAAUAAAUAGCGAUUUUAUUGGUCGCAGGUCCAGGAAUCCCUGAAGAAUUGCAACAUUUACCAGGAGAUAGCUCUGCAAAUGGCACUGCUGGUUUAUUUGAAAAGUCAAAGUCAAUUGAUCAAUAGUAUAGUAAUACUUUUAGCAAAGAAAUGUAUCUGUAAUUUGCAAACUGUAGAAACUAUGAGAAUAGAAUAGAUAGGUUCAGAACUUUUGUGAAACAUCACAGCACAGUUGAAAAAUAUAUGGCAAAUAGGAAUACAAAAUGGAUCGAGUUAAGAUAUAGAUGGGUGGGGUUGAGUGGAGCUGAAGGGUGGGACUAAUAACAACAAGAUAACUAAUGUAAAAUAUAUAUUGUGUCAGUCAAAUGUAUAUAGUAUGUAUAAGCUGGAAGUAGAAGCCUAAGUCUUUUUGUCCAUUAGAUUACUCCAAUUAGGGGAUGGGUGGUAGGGUUAGGGGAAGAUAAUAAAGGAAAAAAUAUAUUUAAAAAAAUAUUUAUAUACACUACCGGUCAAAUGUUUUAGAACACCUACUCAUUCAAGGGUUUUUCUUGAUUUUUACUAUUUUCUACCUCUGUAGCUCAAUUGGUAGAGCAUGGCGCUUGUAACGCCAGGGUAGUGGGUUCGAUCCCUGGGACCACCCAUACGUAAAAAUGUAUGCGCACAUGACUGUAAGUCGCUUUGGAUAAAAGUGUCUGCUAAAAUGGCAUAAAAAAACAACAACAAAAAACUAUGAAAUAACACAUAUGGAAUCAUGUAGUAAUCAAAAAAGUGUUAUACAAAUCAAAAUAUAUUAGAAAUUUGAGAUUCUUCAAAUAGCCACCCUUUGCCUUGAUUACAGCUUUGCACCCCCCAAAACAAAUAUAUAAUACAACAAAUAUUAAUGCUUCUUUAUAUAAAAUAUGAGUUCGGGGGGCAAAAAGUAUUAAAUAUUAAAGCAUUAAACCUCUCACUAAAAGCAUCAGUCAUACAAAAGUUAUACUUAAAGCCAAACUGGUUCUCAAGUAGAUAAGUAAGAAUGGCUCACCCCUUGUUUAAAAAUGGCUUUUUUCCCUUUAUCCAGUGACACAAGCCUACCAGACUAGCUAAAUGCCUUCUAUGCUUGCUUCGAGGCAAGCAACAGUGAAGCAUGCAUGAGAGCACCAGCUGUUCUGAACGACCGUGUGAUCACGCUUUCCGUAGCCGAUUUGAGUAAGACCUUCAAACAGGUCAACAUUCACAAGGCCGCGGGGCGAGAAAGAUUACCAGGACGUGCACUCAGAACAUGCGCGGACCAACAUACAAGUGUCUUCACUGACAUUUUCAACCUGUCCCUCACCGAGUCUGUAAUACCUACAUGUUUUAAGCAGACCACCAUAAUCCCAAGGUAACCUGCCUAAAUGACUACCGCCCCGUAGCACUCAUGUCUGUAGCCAUGAAGUGCUUUGAAAGGCUGGUCAUGGCUCACAUCAAUAACAUCAUCCCGGAAACCCUAGACCCACUCCAAUUUGCAUACCGCCCCAACAGAUCCACAGAUGACGCAAUCUCAAUUGCACUCCACACUGCCCUCUCCCACCUGGACAAAAGGAGCACCUAUGUGAGAAUGCUGUUCAUUGACUACAUCUCAGCAUUCAACACCAUAGUGCCCUCAAAUCUCAUCACUAAGCUAAGUACCCUGGGACUAUACACCUCCCUCUGCAACUGGAUCCUGGACUUCCUGACUGGCCGCCCCCAGGUGGUAAGAUAGGCAACAACACAUCUGCCAAAUUGAUCCUCAACACGGGGGCCCCUCAGGGGUGCGUGCAUAGUCCCCUCUUGAACUCCCUGUUCACCCACGACUGCGUGGCCAAGCACGACUCCAACAACAUCAUUAAGUUUGCCAACGACACAACGGUUGUAGGCCUGAUCCCCAACAAUGAUGACACAGCCUAUAGGGAGGAGGUCAGAGGCCUGGCAGUGUGGUGCCAGGUCAACAACCUCUCCCUCAACAUGAGCAAGACAAAGGAGCUGAUCGUGGACUACAGGAAAAGGAGGGCCGAGCACGCCCCCAUUCACAUCAAUGGGGCUGUAAUGGAGCGGGUUGAGAGCUUCAAGUUCCUUGGUGUCCACAUCACCAACAAACUAUCAUGGUCCAAACACACCAAAACAGUCGUGAAGAGGGCACGACAACGCCUAUUCCCCCUCAGGAGACUAAAAAGAUUUUGCAUGGGUUCCCAGAUCCUCAAAACGUUCUACAAAUGCACCAUCGAGAGCAUCCUGACUGGUUGCAUCACCGUCUGGUAUGGCAACUGCUCGGCAUCCGACCGUAAGGAGCUACAGAGGGUAGUGCAUACGGCCCUGUACAUCACUGGGACCAAGCUUCCUGCCAUCCAGGGCCUCUAUAUCAGGCAGUGUCAGAGGAAAGCCCUAAAAAUUGUCAAAGUCUCCAGCCAUCCCAAGUCAUAGACUGUUCUCUCUACUACCGCAUGGCAAGCGGUACCGGAGCACCAAGUCUAGUUCCAAAAGGCUCCUUAACAGCUUCUAUACCCAAGCCAUAAGACUUCUGAACAACUAUUCAAAUGGCUACCCGGACUUUUUGCAUUAACCCUCCCCCACCCACUUGUUUUAUACUCUGCUGCUACUCACUGUUUAUUAUCUAUGCAUAGUCACUUUACCCCUACCUACAUAUACACUUUACCUCAAUUAUCUCGACUAACCUGUAUAGCCGAACAUUGACUCGGUACCGGUACCCCCUGUAUAUAGCCUCGUUAUUGUUAUUUUAUUGUGUUACUUUUUUUACUUUAGUUUAUUUAGUAAAUAUUUUCUUAACUCUAAUUUUCUUAAAAAUGCAUUGUUGGUUAAGGGCUUGUAAGUAAGCAUUUCACAGUAAGGCCUACACCUGUUGUAUUCGAUGCAUGAUUACGCCCUCUCACUUUCAGUUAAUUGAAAAUUGAAAAUGUUUCAAAAUAUUGCCCUUUCUAAAACAAGCCAUACAAAGCUGGUUGCAAUUCCUGGUUUCAUUUUCCAGAAAAGACAGAAUAAAUAUUACAACAAAUAUUAAGGUUCAUGUUACAGGCUUUGGUUUUCCAUUUAUGUUUUGAGGUUGGACUUUGGAACGUGUAGCUCGUUACAACGUAGGGCGCACCAAUUGGAGUCACCUCGUUAAUCAGUAUGGCGCCGACAGACAUGGCAGCUCUGCUUCUAGCUCCUAAGCAACUUUGCAGUAUUUUGUUUUUGUUUUGUUGUGUGUUAUUUCUUACAUUAUUAGCCCAGAACAUAUUUUGUGUUAUUACAUACAGCCGGAAAUAACUUUUGGAUAUCAGAGUGACGUUAACUCGCCAGCAUUACGACCAGGAAUACGACUUUCCGAAUUUGAUAUUUUGUUCGUACCCCCCAUGGCAAUUGAAUUUAUCCCAGAGGCUGCUCCAAGACGCCGCUGGCGGAGAAGAGGUAUUCGGAGUAGACUUCUAGUCUGACUCAGGAGGCGGGCACACCAUCCACCGCUUCCGAGUAUAUUACUCGCUAAUGUUCAGUCUCUGGACAAUAAAGUAGACUAGCUCGGGGCGAGGAUCUCCUUCCAGAGAGACAUCAGGGACUGUAACAUACUCUGUUUCACAGAAACAUGGCUCUCUCGGGAUAUACUGUCCCCGUACAUACAGCCAGCUGGGUUCUUAGUUCAUUGCGCAGACAGGAAUAAAGAACUCUCUGGGAAGAAGAAAGGCGGGGGUGUAUGUUUCAUGAUUAACUACUCAUGGUGUGAUUGUGAUAACAUACAGAAACUCAAGUCAUUUUGUUCACCCGACCUAGAACACCUCACAAUCAAAUGCACACGGUAUUACCUCCCAAGAGAAUUAUCUUUGGCUAUAGUCACAGCCGUGUAUAUUCCCCCUCAAGCCGAUACCAAGACGGCCCUCAAGGACCUACGCUGGACUUUAUGCAAACUGCAAACCACAUAUCCGGAGGCAGCAUUUAUUGUAGCUGGGGAUUUUAACAAAGCAAAUUUGAGGAAAACGCCAUCGAAGUUCUAUCAACACAUUGACUGUAGUACUCGCUUAGGAAAAACACUAGAUCACUGCUAUUCGCCUUUUCGAGACGCCUACAAGGCCCUCCCCCGCCCUUCCUUCGGCAAAUCAGAUCAUGACUCCUUUUUGCUCCUCCCUUCCUAUAGGUAGAAACUCAAACAGGAAGUACCCAUGCAAAAGUCUAUUCAACGCUGUUCCGACCAAUCAGAAUCCAUGCUUCAAGAUUGUUUUGAUCACGCGGACUGGGAUAUGUUCCGGGCAGCCUCUGAGAAUAACAUUGACGUUUACACGGACACGGUGACUGAGUUCAUCAGGAAGUGUAUAGGGGAUGUUGUUCCCACGUUGACUAUUAAAACCUACCCAAACCAGAAACCGUGGAUAGAUGACAGCAUUUGCAGAACACUGAAUCGCGAACCACUGCAAGGUGACUGGGAAUAUGGUCAAAUACAAACAGUGUAGUUAUUCCCUCCGCAAGGCAAUCAAACAGGCAAAACAGAGACAAAGUGGAGUCGCAAUUCAACGGCUCAGACACGAGACGAAUGUAGCAGGGUCUACAGACAAUCACAGAUUACAAAGGGAAAACCAGCCACAUCGUGGACACCGACGUCUUGCUCCCAGACUAGCUAAACACCUUCUUCGUUCGCUUUGAGGAUAACACAGUGCCACCGACGCGGCCCACUCCCGUUCUCCGUGGCAGACGUGAGUAAGACGUUUAAGCGUGUUAACCAUCACAAAGCUGCCGGCCCAGACGGCAUCCCUAGCCGCGUCCUCAGAGCAUGCGCAAACCAGCUGGCUGGAGUGUUUACAGACAUAUUCAAUCUCCCUUUAUCCCAGUCUGCUGUCCCCACUUGCUUCAAGAUGUCCACCAUUGUUCCUGUACCCAAGAAAGCAAAGGUAACUGAACUAAAUGACUAUCGCCCAGUAGCACUCACUUAUGUCAUCAUGAAGUGCUUUGAGAGGCUAGUUAAGGAUCAUAUCACCUCUACCUUACCUGACACCCUAGAUCAGGCCUGGGCAACUCCAGUCCUUGGGGGCCUGAUUGGUGUCACACUUUUGCCCCAUCCCUAGCAGAAACAGCUGAUUUAAACUAAUUGCAUUUUUAACUGAAGAUCAUGAUUAGUUGAUUAUUGGAGUCAGACGUGUUAGCUGGGGCUGACGCAAAAGAGUGACACCAAUCAAGCCCCCGAGGACUGGAACUGCCCUAGACACACUUCAAUUUGCUUACCGCCCCAAUAGAUACACAGACGAUGCAAUCGGUAUCACACUGCACACUGCCCUAUCCCAUCUGGACAAGAGGAAUACCUACGUCAGAAUGCUGUUCAUUGACUAUAGCUCAGCCUUCAACACCAUAGUACCCUCCAAGCUCAUCAUUAAGCUCGGUGCCCUGGAUCUGAACCCCGCCCUGUGCAACUGGGUUGCGUGCUCAGCCCCCUCCUGUACUCCCUGUUCACCCAUGACUGCGUGGCCGUGCACACCUCCAACUCAAUCAUCACGUCUGCAGACAACACAACAGUAGUAGGCCUGAUUAACAACAAUGACGAGACAGUCUGCAGGAAGGAGGUGAGGGCCUUGGCGGAGUGGUGCCAGGAAAAUAACCUCUCCCGCAACGUCAACAAAACAAAGGACCUGAUCGUGAACUUCAGGAAACAGCAGUGGGAGCACGCCCCUAUCCACAUCGACGAGACCUCAGUGGAGAAGGUGGAAAGCUUCAAGUUCCUCGCCCUCAGAAACUUUUACAGAUGCACAAUUGAGAUCAUCCUAUCGGGCUGUAACACCGCCUGGUACGGCAACUGCACCGCCCGCAACCGCAGGGCUUUCCAGAGGGUGUUGUGGUCUGCCCAACGCAUCACCAGGGGCACACUGCCUGCCCUCCAGGACACCUACAGCACCCGAUGUCACAGGAAGGCCAAAAAGAUCAUCAAGGACAUCAACCACCCGAGCCAUGGCCUGUUCACCCCACUAUCAUCCAGAAGGCGAGGUCAGUACAGGUGCAUCAAAGGCCAUCAGACUGUUAAAUAGCCAUCACUAGCUGGCUACCACACGAUUACUCAACCCUGCACCUUAGAGGCUGCUGCCCUAUAUACAUAGACAUGGAAUCACUGGUUACUUUAAUAAUGGAACACUAGUCACUUUAAUAAUGUUUACACACUGCUUUACUUAUCUCAUAUGUACAUACUGUAUUCUGUUCUACUGUAUUUUAGUCAAUGCCACUCCGACAUUGCUCAACCUAAUAUUUAAAUAUUUCUUAAUUCCAUUACUUCACUUUUAGAUUUGUGUAUGGUUGUGGAUUGUUAGAUACUACUGCACCCGCAGUAAAAUCUGCUAAAUAUGUGUAUGUGACCAAUACAAUUUGAUUUGAUUUGAUUUGACCUGUGCUGGUUGCCGUCUCGUUAGAGGGAAGGUGUUUCACCUGUGCUGGCCCUGGUGCUAUUUAAGAGUGGCUGGCCCAGUGCUCCAGUUGUCUUGAUAGAUGUGGAGGGUUAACACCUUUAGUUUGCGAGCCCUAUUUUUAUUUCUAGACACAUUUUAUCUGCUUUUCCUGAUUCUGUUUUGCUCCACCUUUUUGGUUUGCUUCCUGUCUUUAAGUUUGGGUUUUUCUUUUGUUUGCCUCUUCUGGGGGAAAUUUAGUCAGUGCUCAUGGCGAGUGUCUUUUAGGUUCCAGUUGUUGUUGCUAGUCAACUGUCAGUGGACACCCCCAUCAGUGUCUUUCAGAACCCCCUCCUAAAACCCCACCUGUUUCCAUUUUGUUGUUGGUCUGUGACUUUUUGUUAGUUCUUUCUUCUGUUUGAGUGACAUUUUUGAUUUCUUGCUGGGGAACGUAACAGUUAACCUCAAAUAUACUAAUUGAUAAAACAAUAUAUUCUUUAUGGAAUAAAACAAGUAAUUAUCUUUAUUAAUGAUAUUAUGGAUAGGAAAAGUUGAGUUAUAGCACAGGUGCAGCUAACAAAAUAUAUGGAGAUGUUUGCUCUAUCCCAAAUUACAAUCAGCUGAUUGCAGCAUUACCACAAAAAUGGAAGAGGCAAGUGGAAGGGGAGAAGGUGGGGAUUCUGAUUCCAUGGUAAAAGGUUUAUGAACUAAUAUACAAAUCAAUGCUUGAUUAAAAAAAAUAUAAAUUAUUAUACAACAUUCUUGCCACCAACAAUGUUAUGUAUAUGGGGCAUACAACAGUCUCAGCUCUGCAGAUUUUGCUGCUUAGAGAACGAGUCAUUAGAUAACUUAUUCUGGUCACAGGUUCAAGAGUGGAUGAAAAAUCGCAUUUACCUGAAACUGAACCUACAAGUAGCACUGUUGGGAGAUUUGGAAUGCCAUAGUCAAUCAAUCAACAAUAUAAUAAUACUCUUAGUUAAAAUAUUCAUCUUUAAUAUACAAUCUGUAGAUACUGUGCGAUUAGACAGGUUCAGAAUUUAAGUGAAAAAUCACAGCACAGUUGAAAAAUAUAUGGCACAUGUAAAUCAUAAGAGGGUGGUUUACAGAGAUAGGUGGGAUGGACUGAGAGCAGCUGAGGGGUGGGAUUAGAAGUCCAUGAUCUAUAAUAGUUCUGACUGAAAACACUAUAUAAUGUAUUCUGGAUGGGGAUGUGGAUGCCCCUCCCCCCUCCCCCCUCCAGAUGUAAUAUGUUUUUCCUGCUGUGAGAAUUUGCUUGAGUUUCAAACUGUGUUUUCUGUUGUUGUGUCUGCAGGUGCUUAUCGUGUGUCUGUGAAGACAAGAGGCUCCAUCACCAUCCCAUGUCACUAUGAUCAGGAAUACAAAACCCAUGUGAAAUACUGGUGUAAAGGAAAUUAUUUUCAACGUUGCUCCCCUGUUGUACGCACUGACCCUCCUAAGAGCACAGAUAAGGCCUCAAUCUCUGAUGACAUCAACCAGCGAACCUUCACUGUGAACAUGACUGAUCUGGAGCCAGAGGACUCUGGUCGUUACUGGUGUGCUGUAGAGGUCUAUGGUGAACCAGAUGUCAGGAUAGAACGAUUCCACCUAUCUGUGACUCCAGGUAAGAUCCCUGCAACUCUUCCAUGUGAUUACAUGACUGGUGUUCUGGUUUCAUUUACUGGUCUCACUAUUAUAGUUGAAGUUGACAUGAGGAAUGUUGGUAUAUGUCUACUUUCUGUUCUCUAUCCAUCAUAUCAUAAUUAUGAUAUUUGUGGUCAGUUGUUACAAAAAACCACUUGAUCACUCAGGACCUUCUUUGGUGUGUGUACCUCUGUGUUCAGGUAAUCCAGAACUCUAUGUGGACCAACAGGAGGUGACUGGAGUUGAAGGAGGGAGUGUCAUUGUAAAAUGUUACUAUAGUGACAUUGGAAAUACGGAGUGGUGUAGGAGUCAUGGCAGUGUCUCCUGUAUGUGGAUGAAUUCUGGGACUCUAGAUGGAACAUCAGUGACCCUACAGCAGACCACUGAUGCCACCAUAGGAAACAUCUUAAUGGUGAAUAUGAGUGGACUGAAGAUGGAAAACACUGGCUGGUACAUGUGUAGAGUGGGAUACCUUAUAAUGCCUGUUCACAUCACUGUCAGACGACAAACCACCACACAAAGUACCACCACUAUGACCAGUGAGUAGAGAGCAAUCAGAUACUGUAGAAUUAAGUACUAACCUGGUUUUAUCCAGUCUUGCUUAUCAUCUGAAACAAAUUGGACUGUAACCUGAUUCAAAGCUUUUGGGAAUACUUACGGUGGUCCUACCAUUGGUUUGAACUCAACAGUGCUAAUAUGAAGUUAAAAUCCACAUGUUGGGGUAAAUGAAAUAAGCGUUACAAGAAGGUCAUAGUUUAGCCACAAUGUCUUGUUACAAUUCAGUCUACCCUGUGUCUGUCUGGUACACCAGUCAUAAUACCAUUGUUGUUUUCACCUCACAGCAACCCAAGCUCCAACCACUGAACAAUCCUCUUUCUCUCCAACUGCUGAGCCUGUUCAGACUGACAACACAGUCCAAGGACCUGAGGGGGGCAAGGAGAAGGACACCAUGAGGUAAUUAUCACUCAUUCAGCUAUAUUUCUCACAUACUCUUCCAAAUGGAUGACAAUAGAAUUAUGAAGAAUGGUAACAUUUUCAGUUUUUCACACUAAAGUGUAUGGCACAAAAACACCUUCCUUAAACAUCUUCACACAGAGUAUAGGCCAAGAUACUGUUAUAGAGACAUUUACCAUCAUAGAGACAGAGACAUUUACCACUUCCUCAUAUCUCUGUAGUUGUUGAAGUAGCAGCAUUAUAUUAUUGUAUGGCCAAGUUCCACACAUGAAAUGUGUGAAGAGCUGAACAAAUAAUUUCAUUUAGUCAUAGCAGCACAAACAUGUCUAUUUAUCUAUGAUAUUUUAUGGACUGUAUUUGACAAUAAACAGACUUUCACCAUCAGUUCCAUAGAUCUAAGAGUCCUACUGAUUCCUCUGGGCAUGUUGGUGGUGGUGAUAGCUGGUGUCAUAGUCACCACCUUCAUUGAACCACACUCAUUAAAGACAAUGUGCCGUCAAAAUCAUCACUGCUGCUGCAAACAGUUAAAUAUAUACUGCCUUUAGAAAAAUGAAGUCUUCCAUUUACGAUUCCCCUUAAAAAAAAAAUCCUUGUAUUGCUGCAAUUUACAGAGGAACAUGUUCUAAAUCUUUCAAUUCUUUUACAGAUGGGGGAGAACAUUCUUCUACCUGCCAAAAAUUGGUAAUGCAGUGCUCUUCCUCCUGUGCACCAUCAUUGCUGUGGUGAAGUUCAGGGCAAACUGA